GGGAGCAAACAAGAUGGCGGCGGCCGGGGCCUGGGGGUGACGGGGUGGGCCGGGGGGCGAAGCGCUGCUAACGGAGCUUCCUCCGCGUCCCCCGUCCUUCUCUCAGCUCAUGGUGGGAGACGAAGAGAAGGUGGGAGAGGACGGCCUCGGGGAGCUGUCCCGUUCCUCUCAGGAGCCCCCUUGCCCUUCAGAGGGGGUCCCCGAAGGGCCCGGCCUGCUGCAGCGCAGUUCCCCUCACCGGGAGGAGGCUGACGACGAUGAGGAAGAGGAGUCACGGCCCGCAGAGGAGCAGUUGAAAGGAGUGUUGGAUGAAGACACUGUGGCUGAGGGUCUCCAUGAGCUGGGGCGCUCAGCCUCUGGUACUGAAUACGUUUAUCUUAAUUUGUCACUUUCAGGUCGUGAGUUAAGUGACAUUAACAUUCUCUCCAGCUACGUUCACCUACAGAAGUUGGAACUUUCGUAUAAUAAAAUUAAUGAUCUUUCUUGUAUCAGUCAGAUGCCUUACUUACUACAACUGAAUGCUUCCAACAAUGAAUUGACUACAUAUUUUGGUUUUAAGCCACCAAAAAAUCUCAAGGAGGUAGAUCUUUCAUACAAUCAAAUACCUAAAAUGCAGGAUUUGUCAGCAUACCAGGCACUUACUAAACUCUUGCUGGACUUUAACAACAUAGCGGAGAUAAGAGGGCUGGAGAAGUGUCAUAGUCUGACUCAUCUUAGUUUGUCACACAACAGACUCACUGCAAUCGGUGGCCUGGAGAAUUUACCUCUCAAAAUACUCAAUCUGAGCUCUAACCUGCUCAAGAAGAUAACCGGGUUGGACAGCUUGAAAACUCUACAGAAUCUGGACCUUUCUAACAAUAAAAUAACUAGCCUAGAAGGCUUGGAGGAACAUGACCUGCUAGAGGUGAUCAAUCUAGAGAAUAACCAGAUUGCUGAGCUGGGUGAACUUGAAUGUAUUCAAGAUCUGCCACUCCUCAGAGUUUUAAAUCUUUUAAAAAAUCCUGUACAGGAGCAACCAGAUUACUGGCUCUUGGUGAUAUUCAUGUUGCCACAAUUAACAGAACUGGAUCUCAAGAAGAUUUCAGUGGAAGACAAGGUUGAUGCUGUGAAUAAAUACGAUCCUCCUCCAGAAGUUGUUGCUGCUAACGAUCAUAUGACUCAGAUUAUGUAUAGCAUGCUGCAGCCCCAGCGAAUCUUUGACAGCACUCUACCUAGUCUUGAUGCUCCCUACCCCAUGCUGGUAUUAGUUGGACCUCUAGCCUGUGGUAAGAGAGAGCUUACUCACAGGAUCUGCAGACAGUUCAAUAAUUUCUUCAGAUUUGGUCCCUGUCAUACCACCAGGGCAGCUUACUUUGGUGAAGAAAACAGACUUGAUUACUAUUUCGUUUCUCAAGAAGCAUUUGACAAAAUGUUGAACACAGGGAAGUUUAUAGCAACCUUUAAAUACAGUGGCUAUUACUACGGCCUCGGAAGAGACACUGUGGAAUCAAUUGCCAGAGAGGGCCUGGCAACCUGUGUUCACUUAGAAAUAGAGGGUGUGCGCAGUUUGAAAAAUACCUACUUUGAACCCAGAUAUAUCUUGGUGGUACCAGUGAACAAACAAAAAUAUGAGGGACAUCUGCGGAGGAAAGGAUUAUUCAGCAGGCCAGAGAUUGAAGAGGCAGUAUCCAGAGUGGACAUGUACAUCAAAAUAAGUCAGGAUUUUCCAGGAUACUUUGAUGCGGUAGUGAACACAGAUGAAUUGGAUGAGGCAUUCACAGAACUGAGCUUCCUGAUAAAGGCAUACCUGGGUUUGGAGCCACCUGCAGUUUCUGACAGCAGUCAGGACUUGCAUAGCAAAGCAGGAACAGGUUCAAGAAUGCGUCUCUUACAGGAGCAAACAUUGUCACCCAGCAGAAUAAUUGCUGGCACUGCUCAGUCUUCCUCUGUCAAUGAGUUCUUGGACUCUUCUGCCAAAAACAGCUCAGGAGGCACCUUGGACAAAUUUGCUGCACAACUGACCUCUGUGGAAGAAGCUUCUCUCCAAAGGCGUCAUGCUGCAGCACGUCAGGCUCUGUCAGGGAAGGCACCUAGUGCAUAUGUCCAGCUGUUUCAAAGGGACCUAGCACUCACUCCUGCACCAGGCAGCGCCCGUCAACAACUACUGGAGCCAGCAACACAUCCUUCUCUGGUCUCAGAUGGAAGGAGUGUCACCCAGGAUCACAGCUUCCCCUUGAAUAACCCAGAGAGUCGAUGGGAUACGCAGAAGCAGCCGGAUGCCACACAGCAAGACCUAGUGAGGUGUAACACUCCAGAUCCCCCAUCCGCACUUGGAAAUAGGUGUGUACUUGGGGCUGUACUUGUGAGCCACCGUCACUUGAGCUCUCCUCCCUCUCCUGAACCGACAAUAAAACUCAUCAAAAAACUGCGGCUGAGAAGGAGCUGAUGGCUGUGCCAUAUGGCUGGUGGUAAGGUUGAAUUUGAUCACGGGUUCAAUCCCAUCUCUGAUGCUUUGUUGUCAUUCCAUACCAACCAAGGCACCUCUCCUACUGUAUGGAAACAUCCAUACUGUGAAUUUUUCAACUAUUUGUUUUUAAUCGAACAAAUCGCUGUGAUAAAUAACCUCCCAAACACAUUAAACAACUUUUCACAUGAGUCAAGCCAACAAGAAACGCUGACAUUAUAAGAUUUCAACCCAUUCACUUCAUUCCUGAUCCGCUAAAGCAGAAUUUUUAGAUAAACUUGCUGUUGGGGAAAAAAAAAAUCUGUGUUCCUUUUAUAUCCUAGAGAGCCUGCAAGUUCCCUCUCUGUGAUGUACUACCUGCCACUGUAAUUACAAGUUGUUAAUUAGCAUGCUGUAAAAAGGUUGAAACCGUAGGCCUCUGCAGAUUCAUUUGUCCUGAGUAUUUGUGCCACCGUGGAGUGUGCUGAAGGGGAACAGAGUGAGCAGAUGAGAGAAACUGAGUGCGUAAUAGGUUGCGGAGGGAUUAUGCAUCAUCUGUCCUUACCAGUAAGAGGCAGGACCUGUAACUCAAAUGAGUGUGAAGCUACGAGGAGUUGUAAAGGUCUUACCCUUCGCAUAUGGGAAGAAAUAUGUCUUUCCACUCCACCACAUUUUGGUGUUUUGACUUUAGCAGUGUUUUCGUUUAGCACUGUUAAUAACACAGUGGAAAAACAACUGUGAGGAGAGAAAAUGCAAACUGCUAAUCUGAUUCAUUCUCUGUGCAUGCAUCGUGGCCCACGGCAAAAUUGUGUAGAGUCACGUUGUCAAAUCCUUUUGCAAGGGGAAUAAGAAAAUUUCUUCCAAACUUUCCUUAUAGGCUCGGUUGAUGGAAAUGCUGUUGUGUAGGUGCAUUUGAAAUAGUGGUGGAAAAAAAAAAA